AUGUCGGCCAUGCUUGGCAACUUGACCAACGUUUGCCAGGGCGACAACCUCAAGGAGGCCUACAAGUCUUACGCAUCUACGUGCGCUGAAAUCGGCGUCAAGGUUGCUGACCUGCCCUCGGCCUCUACCACGAGCGCCACCCCUACCUCGACCCCGGAGGCUCCAGGUAGCCCUGGUCCUGAUGCUACCUCAGCGCCGUCGUCAGCCACUCCCACCGAUGGCCCCCAAGAGUCCAAGCCCAGCGCUGCUGGUGCUAUUGCUCCUCAUGCCGUUCUCUUCACUGUGCUUGGUCUUUCUGCGACUGGCCUCGUCAGCAUAGUAUUCCUGUAG